CCCAAACUCUUCCCCUUUACCUCUCCUCCUCCUCCAUUUUCUUUCACCCUCUCCCUCGAUCGCACAAUCGUUUUUCACUCAUUACACAAAUAUUUAUAUUUAUAUACACACAAUUUGCAAUAAACUCAUUGGGUUCCUCUUCCGUGGCAAUCGUCGCAAUCCCAUAAAUUUCCAAUUUUUUUCGAGUUUUUUUGGGUUCGCUGGUUUCUUGGGCACUGUUUGUUUGAUCGGUUUGAUACCGGAGAAAUAUGACUUACGCAUCUCGUAUCAUCCACCAUUCGAAAAGGUUACAGAAUGCCCCCAACUUAGUACGGCAAGAGCAAGCACUCUUGGUUCGUUGGUUUUCACAUGAUGCUCAACCCUCUACUGAUAUCCUGAAGGCUCGUCGCCCCAGUUGUGUGCCUUCAGAAAGAGCAAGAGGUUCUAGGUCUUUCAGCAGUAGCACUAAAUCAGUGUCUGGUACAUUUACCAGGGAUAUCUCAAUGACAAGGAAACUAGGAAGUUCAGUUUCUGAAUCAGGAUUCAACAAACGGCUUUCAUGUAUGCAGGUGCAAUUGAGCAGAGGCUUUUCAUCUGAUGCUGGCCUUCCUCCACACCAAGAAAUUGGAAUGCCUUCUCUUUCACCCACUAUGUCUGAGGGUAAUAUUGCUAGGUGGCUGAAGAAAGAGGGUGACAAAGUUUCUCCUGGUGAAGUUCUUUGUGAAGUUGAAACUGAUAAAGCUACAGUGGAGAUGGAAUGCAUGGAAGAUGGUUAUCUUGCCAAGAUUGUACGACCAGAUGGGACCCAAGGGAUCAAAGUUGGAGAGGUGAUUGCAAUUACCGUUGAAGAGGAGGAUGAUAUUGCAAAAUUUAAAGAUUACACACCAUCGGCAUCUGGUGCCAGUGCUUCUGCAGCUAAAGAGUCAUCUGAGCCUACUCCGCCCAAAAAAGAGGUGGUUGCAGAACCAGUUACUUCCCCAGAGCCAAAGGUAUCAAAGCCCAGUGCAGCUCCUGUUGCUUCCCCUUCUGGAGAUCGCAUAUUUGCAAGUCCUCUGGCAAGAAGUUUGGCCGAAGAGCACAAGGUUCCCCUCUCAAGUAUCAAAGGAACAGGUCCUGAUGGAAGCAUUGUGAAGGCUGAUGUUGAAGAGUAUUUGGCUUCUCGUGGGAAGGAAGCCCCUAAAGCUAAGGGUGCAGUACCUGCAGCGUUGGAUUACACCGAUAUCCCCCAUUCUCAGAUACGGAAGAUCACAGCUUCGAGAUUAUUAUUCUCAAAGCAAACAAUUCCUCAUUAUUAUUUGACAGUAGAUACAUGUGUUGAUAGACUCAUGGAUUUGAGAGGCCAACUCAAUGCACUACAAGAGGCAUCAGGUGGGAAGCGGAUAUCUGUUAAUGAUCUCGUAAUUAAGGCUGCUGCUUUGGCUCUUCAAAAGGUUCCUCAAUGCAAUAGUUCAUGGACAGAUGAUUACAUCCGCCAGUUUCACAACGUGAACAUUAAUGUUGCGGUACAGACAGAAAAUGGACUCUUUGUACCCGUCAUUAGGGAUGCGAACAAGAAGGGACUAUCCAGCAUAGCUGAGGAGGUCAGGCAGCUGGCCCAAAAGGCCAAAGAAAACAGCUUAAAGCCAGAAGAUUAUGAGGGAGGCACAUUUACCGUGACCAAUUUGGGAGGUCCAUUCGGCAUCAAACAAUUCUGUGCCAUUAUUAACCCUCCUCAAUCAGGCAUUCUUGCGGUUGGAUCAGCUGAGAAGAGGGUUGUACCUAGUUCUGGGCCCGAGCUAUACAAGUUUGCUUCCUACAUGUCUGUAACACUAAGCUGUGAUCAUCGUGUUAUCGAUGGUGCAAUUGGUGCGGAAUGGCUGAAGGCGUUCAAAGGCUACAUUGAGAACCCCGAGUCAAUGCUGCUCUAAGUAGACGGAUUUUUUCAUCGUUUUCCCUUGUGUGAUUAGUCAAGACAAUGGGGGCUUUUGGCUUGAAUGAUGACAUCCCAGGUGUUGUUCCCAAUCUUUUGAGCUGGGCUUCGGAUGAUUGUAUUUGUAUAACUGAGGAAAUCAUUUUGUAGUGUUCAUUAAUUCAGAUUUGCAUAGCUUUUGAAAUAAAAGGGUUUCGAUGAUUCAGGCAUCAGAUUUUGGACGAAAUUUUGCCCAUAUAGAGCGGUAAUUGCCCGCUGUAUGUAAUAAGAAAUUUGAGUUUAACCCAUUUGUUUUGUUUUUCCUCAGAUUAUUGUGAAUAUUUGCAAGUUUUACGUGUGCUUUUGUUCUGCUA